UUAUAGAAAGCGUACCAUUUUUUAUUUCAAGAAUGGCUUGUCUUGUAGUUCUUCAAUUGAGAGAAAACAAUGGUGUUAGAAUUGCCAUGUGGUGAUACUCACUCCUCGUGUUCAAUUAUAUGAGUGAUUCAAUAGGCUCCACCUUUUCUUGAUUCUGAAACACAAGAAAGGGAAAAGAAAAUCAUACGCAAAACAGUAUUUAUUGAUGACUAAGUGCAAAGCCAAAGACAGCGAGAAACAAAAGGGUUAUACCAGAGGGUAAAGAGAUUGAAACAAGUUGAGGUACGUAAUCCUUUUCAAAGAAAAAAGAAGAAGCUAAGUUUAACUUUUUGUGUUGGUAUGGAGUCUCCAAGAAUCCAUGAAGGAGUUGCUGAGGAGAAGAGUAGUUGUGAAUCAGGAUGGACUAUGUACAUAGAAGAUUCCUUCCAUGGAAACCAUCAGUCUGAGGUUGUCUAUGAAGAAUAUGUUGAUGAUGGUAAUCAUUUCCGUGUAAAAUAUGUCGAUGAUGAUAGUAGUGAAAAUGGGAGCGAUGACUCGAUGACUUCUGAUGCAUCUUCAUGGCCUAGCACUCAGCUUCCGAGGAAGACAAAGAAUCAAGCAGCUGCAAAGAAUAGUAGUGCCAAACAAGUCAAUCAUCACCCAAAGAACAGAGCUUGUGAAAAAUCCACCGACCAAGAAGAAGAUUCUGAGUUCAAGGGUAGAACAAGAACCACUGCAGCUAGUCGUGUUCGAAGUAGAGGUAAGGUGAGAAAAACCAGAUAAGACUCUCAGUACUGGUUUUAAUUCCUAUUGCUAUAUCCAUUGUUAUCUUUGGCUCAAGGGAUAUCGACAUCCAGACCAUGGAGUUGUUUACCUUCAUUUGAGAUUUGUGUGUAAAUGCAUUGUUUUCUAUAACAGGAUUAUGUUCUUGGUUAAAGCAAAUCCCGUUCCUGUAACGUUAUCUUUAUUGGAGCUAUUCUAAUAAUAUCUACCUUUUCUGAACA